GAAAGUGAUCCGAUCUGGUUGGAUGAUGUGGGAUGUUCAGGAAGUGAAUCGUCCCUCACACAGUGCUCACACAACACUUUUUGGAAACGAUGACUGUGGUCACGAACGAAGAUGCAGGUGUCGUCUGCUUAAAAGACAUAAGAUUGGUCAAUGGGUCUGAUUCAUGCAGUGGAAGAGUGGAGAUCCUUCAUAAUGGCCAGUGGGGAACCGUGUGUGAUGAUGGCUGGGACAUGAAUGAUGCUGCUGUGGUGUGCAGACAGUUAGAGUGUGGUUCAGCCAUCAGUGCACCUAAAAGUGCCGCCUUUGGUCAAGGCAGUGGAUCGAUCUGGCUGGAUGGUGUUGGAUGCUCGGGAGGUGAAGGAAACCUCACACAAUGUUCACACAGAGGACUAGGAGCUCAAAACUGUGGUCAUGGUGAAGAUGCUGGUGUUGUUUGUUCAGCAGGUGACCUGCAGCAGCCCACUCUUUCUGUGAGCCCCACACAUGCAGCUGUUUCUCCUGGAGAAAACAUUCAGUUCAGAUGCACAACACCUAAACCAAGAUGCAAUGCUGAUGCUGAAUUCCACCUCUUCAAAAACGGAUCAUCUAUAUCCUCCCAGAAACAUGUUUCUGGUGUGACUUUCCACCUUGUCAAUGUAAGCGCCUCACAUCAGGGCAGCUACAGCUGUUAUUACUCCUACCAUAACGGCACUGUAAUAUCGCCUCAGAGUAACACUGUUAUCAUCAUUGUAGGUGAAUAUACUAUCAGACUGGUGAAUGGUAAUACUGACUGCUCUGGGAGAGUUGAGAUCCUUUAUGAUGGCCAGUGGGGGACAGUGUGUGAUGAUAACUGGGACAUUGAAGAUGCUGAGGUGGUGUGCAAACAGUUGGGAUGUGGACCAGCUGCUAGAGCACACUCCAAUGCUCAUUUUGGCCAGGGAAGUGGUCCGAUCUGGUUGGAUAAUGUGGGAUGUACAGGAAAUGAAUCAUCCCUCACACAGUGCUCACAAAAUCCUUUUGGAAACCAUUACUGCGGUCACUACGAAGAUGCAGGCGUCGUCUGCUUAAAGGACAUAAGAUUGAUGAAUGGGUCUGAUUCAUGCUGUGGAAGAGUGGAGAUCCUUCAUAAUGGCCAGUGGGGAACCGUGUGUGAUGAUGACUGGGACGUGAAUGAUGCUGAUGUGGUGUGCAGACAGUUAGAGUGUGGUUCAGCCAUCAGUGCACCUCAUAGUGCCGCCUUUGGUCAAGGCAGUGGAUCGAUCUGGCUGGAUGGUGUUGGAUGCUCGGGAGGUGAAGGAAACCUCACACAAUGUUCACACAGAGGACUAGGAGUUCACAACUGUUAUCAUGGUAAAGAUGCUGCUGUUGUUUGUGCAGCAGGUGACCUGCAGCAGCCCACUCUUUCUGUGAUCUCCACAGAUACAGUUUCUCCUGGAGAAAACAUUCAGUUCAGAUGCACAACACCUGAACCAAGAUGCAAUGCUGAUGCUGAAUUCCACCUCUUCAAAAACGGAUCAUCUAUAUCCUCCCAGAAACAUGUUUCUGGUGUGACUUUCAACCUUGUCAAUGUAAGCGUCUCACACCAGGGCAGCUACAGCUGUAAUUACUCCUACCAAAACGGCACUGUAAUAUCACCUUGGAGUAACACUGUUGACAUCACUGUAGGUGAAUAUAGUAUCAGACUGGUGAAUGGUAGUAAUAACUGCUCUGGAAGAGUUGAGCUCCUUUAUAAUGACCAGUGGGGGACAGUGUGUGAUGAUAACUGGGACAUGAAUGAUGCUGAUGUGGUGUGCAGACAGUUGGGAUGUGGACGAGCUGCUAGUGCAAACUCCAAUGCUCAUUUUGGCCAGGGAAGUGAUCCUAUCUGGUUGGAUGAAGUGAGAUGUUCAGGAAGUGAAUCAUCCCUCACACAGUGCUCACACAAACCUUUGGGAAACCAUAACUGUGGUCACAAAGAAGAUGCAGGUGUCGUCUGCUUAAAGGGUGAAUAUACUAUCAGACUGGUGAAUGGUAGUAAUAACUGCUCUGGGAGAGUGGAGAUCCUUUAUGAUGACCAGUGGGGGACAGUGUGUGAUGAUGACUGGGACAUGAAUGAUGCUGAGGUGGUGUGCAGACAGUUGGGAUGUGGACGAGCUGUUAGUGCACACUCCAGCGCUCAUUUUGGUCAGGGAAGUGGUCGGAUCUGGUUGGAUGAUGUGGGAUGUUCAGGAAAUGAAUCAUCCCUCGCACAGUGCUCACACAAACCUUUUGGAUACGAAGACUGCGAUCACGAAGAAGAUGCAGGUGUCGUCUGCUUAAAGGGUGCAUGCCAUGACAUAGAGACUGAAGAGUGGUGUGUGAAGGACAGGACUUAGGGGCCCCUGGGCUUGAGUUUAUGUUUGGGUCCUUCCUACACAACAAAUGACAUCAACUAACAUCAUUACGGAGCACAAAAUACAAAUAAAAUAUGCUUUGAGGUUCCUAGAACAGUUAAUAUGCCUAGCUUAGCUAAUCUUUAGCAGUAAUAUUAAAUAGUCAUUAUCAUACAAUAAAAUACAUGAUGUGUUUUCUCAGUUGAGAGAUCAAAACCCUGAAAUAACACUGAGCAAUAAAGCCAGAGAACAGUA